GCUUCAACUUCAUCACAAAUUCCAUUGGAUAGGCACGGCACAUCAAAUAGAGCGAGGGCGGUGCAAUUAUAAUUCCCCUUGAAUAUUCUACGCACCUCCGUGAUUUCUGAUUUAUUCCUCUCUCAUACCCAUCUUCCGAUUCCACCAUAAAAGCAGUUUGAACCUCAAUCGACAAAUCAUUCCGAUUCCACACGAUACUCGCUAUCCACAAUCGCAUCGCGGCAAUAUACCCACCGACCAAUAUCAAAACGAAACCCGUAGCUCAAGGUUCCCGGAUCUUCCUUUAGCUUGUUUCGAUUGUUCAGGUACUUCUUUUCGUCGCGCCUUUCACCUUCCUGAUCGAGAACUGCACUCGACCAGCGCCCUACAAUUCGACCUCUACCAGCUACAACGCGCCUUGGCGGGUAGAUACCAGGCAAGAUGGAUACACUGGAUCUCGACAUGGAGAUGGACGUAGAUGUCGACCUCGUGCCUGACGAGCCAAUAAUUCCCGAGCCAGAGUUUCAAGACGCACCUGGCAAUCGCUCACCUGGGGAAAUAGUGGACGAUGAUACUGUUAUACCCGGAAAAGUCCACAUCACAGGUCUCGACGUCAUGAACCCCGAGGAGGUCAAGACUUACGUUGCAGAACACUUUCCAGAAGAACCAUUGGAAAGGAUAGAAUGGAUAGACGAUUCCUCAGCAAACCUGCUAUUUAGUUCCGAAUCAGUUGCGCCCCGCGCUCUCAGCUUCUUAUCGGCCCAAGACAAACAGGACGUAUCUCAACUUCCCUUACGACAACUUAUAUUUGCCAAGCCAUUCUCAAAGAGGCCGGAGGUCGUGUUACAAGUACGCCUAGCUGUCGCAUCCGAUAAGAAACAGGCGGGCGCUGCUUCGAGAAGUCGCUUCUACCUUCUUAAUCCUGAGUACGACCCUGAGGAGCGACGGCGGCGCAACGAGGCCCGGAGGUAUCGCGACCGGGAUGGUGAAGGGUAUAACCGUAGGCGAACAAGGGAAGCUCGAGACCGGGAGGCCGAGGAACAGUUCGAUGUCAACCUAUAUGACGACGACGAGGCGGCUUUAUCUCGCCGCGCAUCAUAUUCACGACCUCGGCAUAGGCGGUCCUACACACCAGAUACGAGCGAAGAUGGAUAUGGAAGGGAUUCGUAUCAUCCUGGCAAUCGCGGUAAGGAGUUAUUUCCCGACAAUCCAAACGGCCGGAACGAGUCUCGGAGGAGGCGAUCAGCUUCACCCCGUGGUCGAGAUAGCAACCAGACAAUGGAUGAUAUUGCAAAUGAAGGAUUAGCAGCUCGAAACCGUGACAGAGCACGUGCAAUCAAGAGCCGCAUAUCACGUAGCAACAGGGUCAGGGAACUUUUCCCAGAUAGGUCAGGUGAGGAGUCCGGGCGGCUCGGGGAUGAGGUGGAGGAUACAAGCACUUUACUAGCCAAGGGGAUCAUGCUACCUCUAAUGGACGAGAGAGACGAUAGUCGGGCAACGCCAGGGCUUAAACUCGAAGACAGGAUUACAGUUCCGGGAAAGAGUAAAUUGGCAGACAGGAUCACAAGUGCGGACAAGUCUAGAGAUUCAGGGUUCAAUAUCCGCGGCACGGCAAGUCAGAGAAGUGCGAACCAGGGAUUUGCGAUUAAGGGUAGCGCAGGCAAGUCAGCGAAGGAACUGUUCCCAGAAAAAUUAGGGGCCAAUGCCGGAAAGGAGCUCUUUGCGGAUAGAAUAGAGGGUAGAUCAAGACAACGGCAAAGAGCUGGGGAUUUAUUUGACUGAUAAUAUAGGAGCAGGCUAGAAGCAGGCAAUGCGAUAUGGAUUCUAGGACGGGGAGAGGAGGGUAACAGGCUUAUACAACAAAGAGGUGAGUAUCAUGUAAUAACACUUAUAUAUAGCAUCGUUCGGCGAGUGCAUUAAGAGAGGAUCAAGGAACAUGGUGUUUUUCGAAUUUGCCUAUAUUCAAUACCUCCCUCCUUAGUGUUUCGGUUAUGCGUACCUUUGGUAGCCUUACU